AUGGCCAACCACCCAGACACUCUAAUGAACUUGAACACUGUGAUAGAUUCACCAAACCCAGGUGCUGUCCUCACUGCCUCCACUGAAGUCCAGAAUUCUCAAGAUGGCCCAACUCAGAUUAGAGAUGACUGUAAAUGUGACUCCACACCUGUGCAUAUUGUAGUUGAGCAGCCAGUUUCAAGAACAACAUCAGCAUUAAUCAAGGACAGUGAAAUUCAAAAUGAAUACCUGCCAGCUUCAUCUAGUGAAAUUCAAAAAGAGGGUCCACCAAUCCUAUUCUGUGAAAUUCAACAAGAGCACCACUCUCCAGAUGUUGAGAUAAUCAAUGGUGACAACACUUUACUCUUGGACACAGGUUAUGAAUUUCUUGACAAGAAUUUCACCAGUUUCUUCAUGCUCCUGCAGAAUAAAAAUGAUGGUACAGACUUAACCAGAAAGAUUCUUAUUCAUGACAUGCUGCAAGAUACUUCACCCCACCAGCUUUACUGCACAUUCUGGAUGCUUCUCAAGAAUCAAGAGUUAGAGCAAGAUGAAUUCAUUGCUGAUGAGAUGGGAAUUGGCAAAACUAUGGAGAUGAUAUUGUACUUUGUUCUGAGUGUCUGA